AUGCCUUGCUCAUCGAAUGGUGACUGUGAAUGUCUUCUAAUGGCAAUGACCGGUGGUGGAAUGUGUGCUGAUACAAUUAUAUCCUGUUCAAACUUAACGCGUUGUCAAAGUGAUAAUGUAACGUGUUUGGCACCAAAUACAGUUUGUGUUAAUAAUACUCGUUGCAAUGUACCAGUGUGCUAUCCAAUUGAACGUGCUUCUGUCUCUGUAUGUCCAUCACUAAAUUCAAGAUAUUCGUCUACUACUCCUUUCAUUUGUUCCAAUAGCAGUACACUUAUAACAUUUGAUGAUCUGACAUCAGGAACACCGUUACCUGAACAUUAUUAUUCUAUCAAUUGGACGAAUGCAAAUAGUUACAUCGAAGCAUCAAAUGUCAGUGGAUAUUACACAGUUGGUGAAAAUAGAAGUACUGUAGUAUACAAUGCUUAUGGAAAUCCUAUGAUUAUGAGCAGUCUUAAUAAUAAAAGUUUAACAUUGUAUUCUGCUGUUAUGGCAGCAGCAUGGCGUGAUAAUUUACAGUUGGAAGUAAUUGGAUAUAAGUCCAAUGUAUUAAUAGCAACCAAUAAUUUUAUUCUGCAAGUAUUCACUGUGUCCUAUUUAACAUUCAAUGGACUCUCAGGUCUAGACAAGAUUAUAUUUUCGACAUCAAAUGGGACGAGUAACAUAGCUGUAACUGGAGUCGGAACACAAUUUGGCAUGGAUAAUCUUUGUUUGAGUCUUACAUGAAUUUGAAGAAAACUUCUUAACUACUAGCAUAUCUUUUCUUUUGCGAAUGUAAGACCAAUAUCCAAGAGCUGUUUAACUCAAUUUUAACGAUUUCUUUGAAUUUAAAUUAUUUAAAUAAAAUAAAAUAUUUCACACUUUGAGAUUUUUGGUUUUAUAUAAAUUGUUAAAUAUAUAUUUGUAUCAAUUUUAAGAAACCUUAUAACAUUCAAUGUUAUUUUUGAUUAAUUGCAGUGCAUAGAGUUCACUAGAUAACAUUUUUACUAUAGGGUGUGGGUGUGGGUGGGUGUGGGUGUGGGUGUGGGUGCACUCUAAAAAAAAAAGUAUUUUACCGAACCUUAAAAGCUUCGCAUUUCUGUACCGAACGAUUUUAAGUUCGGUGGAGCGGAAAUCGUUUCGUGCUUUUCUUUCAGAACCUUUUUAAGUUCAGCAGAUUUCACAAGGUUUCGAAGUUUUGCGACGGAACUCCUUUUAAGUUCCGCAAAGUGCUUUAUGGUUUCGUACAUCGUGUAUCAAUCCUCUGAUAGUUUCGCAAUAUGUCGACGGAACCAGUGUUGGUUUUGUUAUCUAAAAGAAGGUUUCGAAUAUUUUUUACAAAACGGUUGAUGGUUUCGUUGACCAUGCGAAGGUUUUGUAUUCUUUCUGCAGAACCUUUCUACACUUUCUGGUCGACUUUAAGGUUUUAUAUGCUUUAUGCAAAACCUCUGAUGGUUUCGUAAACUGUAGAAAGGUUUGGUAUCUCUUAUGAAAAACCACUGAUGGUUUCGUAAACUGUCGAAAGGUUUGGUAUCUCUUAUACGAAACCCUUGAUAGUUUCGUUAACGAUCGGAAGGUUUUGUAUUCUUUGUGCGAAACCUUUCUACACUUUCUGGUCGAUUGAUGGUUUCGUUGACCAUCCGAAGGUUUUGUAUUUUUUGUGCGGAAUCUUUCGACACUUUCUUGUCAACUUUAAGGUUUGGUAUAGCUUAUGCAAAACCUCCGAUGGUUUCAUAAACUGUCGAAAGAUUUGGUAUUCCUUUUACGAAGCCCUUGAUGGUUCCGUUAACGAUCGGAAGGUUUUGUGAGUGUGGGUGUGGGUGUGUGGGUGUGGGUGUGUGGGUGUGGGUGUGUGGGUGUGGGUGUGUGGGUG